AUAGAUCACUAAACAAUUCAACAGUUCGCUCUUUGUUUGUCGCGGCUAUUUUUGAGCUGCCGAGGGAAGAAUAGCAAGCGAUUGGACCGGGAUAGAUGAGUUCAGUGCAGGCCUUGAAUUCGUGUGGUGGCGGUUGCUGUAGGAUAGGGGCGGAGUCGGUGCUGGAGGGGGCGAGUUUGGCUGAGCUGAAGAAGUGGCUGAGGAUUGAGCCGUUCGUGAGCACUGCCAGGAGGAGGGGGAGGUUCGUGCCGAGCGCGCUGGACGCGUGGGAGGAGAGUUCGCUGGGAGGCAUAUGUGAGAAGGGGUGUGUAGAGAGGGGCUCGCCCUGCGGGUUAGACGCGUGGGGAGGAGAGGCCGACCGAGUGGACGACAGAUGCGAGGAGAUGGAGUACUAUUUGAGGCUUAGAGUGGCUGAGAAGGUGGAGAGGUGGAUGGGUUGCUCCGUGGAGUACGUGAAGAGCGAGAAGGAGUGCAGAAUGGUUGGGCUAGAGGCGUUGAGCGAGAGGUGUGUGGCGUCGUUUGCGGUGGUGAAUAUAUGUAAGGUGGUGGAUAAAUACUUAUUAUGGAGAAGAACGAUGCCGAGGGUGGAGCCUUUUUAUGCGCUGAAGGCGAAUCCGGACAUGGCGAUAGCUUCAGCGUUGAGCUUUUUGAAUGUGGGGUUCGAUUGUGCGAGUCAGGCGGAGCUGAAACAGGCUCUGAGCCUGCCGGGGGUCGUGCCGGAGAACGUGAUUUUCGCCAAUCCGUGCAAGCAGCUGGAACACAUUUUGUGUGCGAAGGAGUGCGGCGUGGCGAUGAUGACGUUCGACAACGAAUACGAGCUAGAGAAAAUCGUGUCGUGUUAUCCUAGGGCGCAGUUGGUGUUGAGGCUGUUGCCGGACGAUUCUCACUCUCUGAUGCCGUUCGGCGCGAAGUUCGGCGCGUCGUUCGCGGAGUGUCGCAGGUUGCUGGAGCGCGGGAGGCAACUGCGCGCCAACAUCAUAGGAGUGAGCUUCCACGUUGGAAGCGGCUGUUAUUCGGCGGCGGCGUGGGUGGAGGCGCUGAGGCUGGCCAGGAGGGUGUUCGACGAGGCCCAAAACCACCUGUACUGCUUCCGCCUGCUGGACAUAGGCGGCGGGUUUCCCGGAAGCGAGGAAGGCGAGCUCAAGCUGAGCACCAUCGGGCCGGCGGUGAACGCUGCCAUCAAUCAGUGGUUCGAGCCGUGUGUGCGCAUCAUAGCCGAGCCGGGGAGGUUCUUCUGCACGGAGGCGGUGGUCCUUGUUUGUCGCAUCAUAUCGAAGCGACAGAGACUGGUGCUGGGCGACGACGAGUCCCAAACGCCGGAAGUCGAGCAUCAGUAUUACCUUACAGACGGCAUUUACGGGUCGAUGAACUGCGUCGUCUUCGACCACGCGAAACUUGUUCCGCAGCUUCUUGCCGCCGACAUCUACAACAGGCCGCCUCGCCGCACGACGCUGUGGGGACCCACCUGCGACUCAAUCGACGUUCUUCUCAAAGGGAUUUUGUUUCCAGAGGCCCAUGUCGGCGAGUGGAUCUAUUUCAAAGACAUGGGUGCCUACACAACUUCUGCUGGAUCCACCUUCAACGGGUUCCAGAGGCCGACUCCCGUCUACAUUGCCAAUCCGCUCCCGUCGUGACUGCCUCGCGAUGGCGACCCUUGGAAGCCCUCUGAAUAGAGUUUUAUUUUUGUUCUCGA